CGCGCGCGUACGCUCGCUCCCGCCGCCCAGUCGCGUGGUCUCCUUGCUUCUCCAUAUUGCAGCGGCGGCGGCAUUGGCUUUGGCACGAUUAGAGGAGACCUGGGUUAGGGCUUGAAGGGUGGUAGCGGUGCGUUGCAAAGGAAAGGGAGGAGGAGAAGAAGCAGCAGCAGCAGCAGCAGCCUCCGUCUGAAGAGGGUGUCCCCCCUUUGCUCGCUUCGAGGCGAGGCGGCCUCCAGAGCCAGCGGGCGCGCGCGCACGAGGAGGAGGAGGGGGAGACUCGGCAAAGUUUGGGUCGUGCGCGUGCUGAGUCCCGGGAGGGAAGGCGGUGGGGGAGGGGGCUGGAGCGGAGCGUCUCCCGAUGGCUACCCAGGUGGAGGCUCUCCCGCCGGCCAACCCUCUGCUGCCUUCCGAGGAGCCCUCGGGCCUCGUGGUCAAGAAGCCUCAGGAGAAAGGCGAGCAGCGCCUCAUGCCCCAAGGAGACAAGGCCGAAGAGGGCAACGCGGGCGGCCCCGAGAACAGCGGAGGCAGCGGCAGCGGCAGCGGCAGCGUGGCGGCGACUGCGGCGGGGGAUCACCUCCGCUGCAGGAACGGCGCCCUCCUCCUCAAGCCGCCCAGCGCCAAGCAGCAGAAGGACGACAGCAACAACCAGGAGAAGGAGAACCUUCAGCAGCAGCAGCAGCAGCAACGGGGCGUUGGCGUGCUGGAAUCGAACCGUCUGCCUGGAGAGGCCAGUAGCAGCAGCAGCAGCGGCGGCGGAGGAGGAGGGAGCAGCAACAGCAGCAGCGGGGGAGAGGAGGGCGGCGGCGGCGGCGGCGUGGGGCGCAAGGAGUUCAUCGAGGCCCCUCCGCCCAAGGUGAACCCGUGGACCAAGAACGCCCCCGCGGCGGCCCUGGUCACCCUCAACGGACAGUCGCCUCCUCCAGAGCAUUCAACUCCAGCCAAAGUGGUGAAAGCAGCAAACCCAAGGCAACGGAAAGGAAGCAAGGUUGGUGAUUUUGGGGAUGCCACAAAUUGGCCAACACCAGGAGAAAUAGCUCACAAGAGUGUACAGCAGCUGCCACACAAGUCCCAAUCUCUACGAAAGCUUCCUAUUAAAAAAAACAUGAAGGAGCAAGAGAAGGGGGAAGGAAGUGAUGGCAAAGAAAACAUGAAAACACGGUCAGAUGAAUCAGGGGAAGAAAAGAAUGGAGACGAUGACAACCAGAAAUCAGCUCAAAAGAAGAAGGGCAGCAGACAUAAAUGGGUCCCUCUACAGAUAGACAUGAAGUCUGAGGUACCAAGAGACAAAACUGCUUCCCGCAACAACAGACAAAAUGAACAGCACCGGCACCCUUCCAACAACAGAAGUGAUUCAAAAGGUUGGCAUCUGGAUAACAAACAUGAACGUGGGAGUUGGCUUGACCAUGAUGAAACAUCUAGUGUCAAGAGUGAGGGGGCAGCUGUCCGUGGUGCUUUCAGGGGCAGAGGCCGUGGCAGGGGACGAGGCAGAGGGAGAGGAAGAGGAGGUACUCGCUCUCACUUUGAUUAUCAUUAUAGUUACCGGAAAUUUGAUGGCUCUGAUGGUUCCCGCACUCAGAAGUACACCAGUAAUAUCACUUAUUACUUUGACAACAUUAGCAGUACUGAACUGUACAGUGUUGACCAGGAGUUGCUUAAGGACUAUAUCAAAAGGCAGAUAGAGUACUACUUCAGUAUUGACAACUUGGAACGAGACUUUUUUCUGAGGCGGAAGAUGGAUUCAGAAGGUUUUCUUCCCAUUACUCUCAUUGCCAGUUUCCAUCGAGUACAGGCUCUUACUACAGAUGUUGGUCUUAUAGUUAAGGCACUGAAAGAUAGCAAAGUUGUAGAAAUUGUGGAUCAGAAGAUAAGGAGAAAGGAAGAACCAGAGAAGUGGCCUUUACCUGGCCCCCCAAUGACAGACUAUGCACAAACUGACUUCUCCCAGUUAAUCAACUGUCCUGAAUUUGUACCAAGGCAGAGCUUCCAAAAGGAGACAGAAUCUGCUCCUGGUUCUCCUCGCACUGUUAGUCCUGUGCCAACCAAGACUGAAGAAGUUAGUAAUCUCAAGACAAUGCCCAAAGGCCUUUCUGCUAGCCUACCAGAUUUAGACUCAGAGGCCUGGAUUGAGGUGAAGAAGAGGCCAAGGCCUUCUCCUGUCAAGCCCAAGAAACCAGAAGAAUCUAAAACACCACUGAAGCAGAAGGACCAGGAUGAACCUGAAGAGCUGGAUUUUCUGUUUGAUGAGGAGAUGGAACAAAUGGAUGGCCGUAAAAACACCUUUACUGAUUGGUCAGAUGAAGAUUCAGACUACGAGAUUGAUGACAGGGAUGUGAACAAGAUUUUGAUUGUAACACAAACUCCUCCUUAUCUGCGGCGGCACCCAGGGGGAGACAGAACUGGUAACCACACAUCUAGGGCCAAAAUGAGCUCAGAGUUGGCCAAGGUGAUCAAUGAUGGACUGUACUACUAUGAGCAGGAUUUAUGGACAGAGCAGUUUGAGCCGGAGUACUCUCAGAUUAAGCAAGAAGUAGAGAACUUCAAGAAGGUUAAUAUGAUCAGCCGAGAACAGUUUGACACUCUGACUCCUGAGCCUCCGGUUGAUCCCAAUCAGGAAGUCCCACCUGGACCACCUAGGUUCCAGCAAGUUCCUACAGAUGCUUUGGCCAAUAAGCUUUUCGGUGUACCAGAGCCUUCAACUAUUGCACGAUCUUUGCCAACAACUGUGCCAGAAUCCCCAAACUACCGUAAUGCCAGGACCCCUCGAACCCCUCGCACACCUCAGCUGAAAGACCCCACACAGACUCCCCGAUUUUAUCCAGUGGUUAAAGAAGGCAGGUUGAUAGAUGCCAAGACACCCCGGAAGAGAAAGACGCGGCACAGUUCAAAUCCUCCAAUGGAAUGUCAUGUUGGUUGGGUAAUGGAUUCCCGGGAACACAGGCCUCGAACUGCAUCCAUCAGUUCCAGCCCCUCAGAAGGCACCCCAGCUGUUGGCAGCUAUGGUUGCACCCCACAGUCAUUGCCCAAAUUCCAGCACCCUUCCCAUGAACUCCUCAAGGAGAAUGGUUUCACACAACAUGUCUACCACAAGUAUCGCCGGCGCUGCCUUAAUGAGCGGAAGCGACUGGGCAUUGGUCAAUCCCAGGAGAUGAAUACGCUCUUCAGGUUUUGGUCAUUUUUCCUUCGUGAUCACUUUAACAAGAAAAUGUAUGAGGAGUUCAAACAACUAGCCUUGGAAGAUGCAAAAGAAGGGUACAGGUAUGGCCUGGAGUGCCUUUUCAGAUAUUAUAGCUAUGGACUGGAGAAGAAAUUCCGACCUGACAUAUUUAAGGAUUUCCAAGAAGAAACUAUAAAGGAUUAUGAAGCUGGACAGCUUUAUGGGCUUGAAAAGUUUUGGGCCUUCUUAAAAUAUUCCAAAGCCAAAAACUUGGACAUUGACUGCAAACUGCAAGAAUACCUCAGCAAAUUCCGGCGCCUGGAAGACUUCAGAGUGGAUCCCCCCAUAGGGGAAGAAAGCAGCCACAAGAGAUGUCCAGCAGCACCAGGAGUCGAGGGAAGGAAGCGAUACCCAUCUCAGUCUUCCAGCAAACCAACCAGCCAGACCCCAUCCAAUCAAGCCUCUCUCUCAUCCAGCCAAGUCACCACCUCACCUGUGCAGGAGAAUGCCAAAAACCUGAGCCAGCCACAUGCAGUUUCCACAGCAACUGUGGAAACUCAAACAGUGGGGAAGUAGACACACCAGAACUUGCAGUGGAAAGGGGACAGGGACGCAUAAGGGAGUUGGAAUGUGGGUGUCCAAGACCAGGCUGCUUUGUGGGAAGUGAGGGACUGCCUCACACAUGAUUACUCUUGUUGGCUGGAAAAACAAGAUGAUCCAAGUUGAACGCAUCCUUUUCCUCGCUGUGAUUUUACAUCGAUUGGAGCCAGAUCCUCACAUUUUCAUGUUUUAGCGCCUUUCAGGGGUAGGGUUGGGAAAAGGGAGAGAUUUUUAUAAAUAUAUAUAUAUAUUAUAUUAUAUAUAUAUCAAGUUUUAAAUUAUUGAUAGAAGUUUGUUGGGAUAAACCAAAAUAAUUCUGCAUCAUGCAGCCACGCAAUCCAGCUCCUCCUCAUCCCACUGAAUACUGAUCAACUAUGCAGCCCACUUGGUGAACUGGAGGGGUGGGCCGAACAAUGUGGUUUCUUCUGGAAAUUGGCUUUCAGCUUUCCAGACCCAUAGGCACCUCCCAUUCUGGAUAUUACAGUGCACAAGGAGUCUCUUGGCCACCGUCGCGAGUAUCAGUUCUGAUGUGGCUUCCCUCUGUGCUGCUCACCCUUUCCAUCAUAGACUUGACUAUUGAAAGUCAACCAAAGGACCCUGGCCAAACUCUGGCCCACCUUUUCAUUGGGGUUGCCUAGUUCUUCUUUCGUGAAGGGUAGAACAUAAACUUGCACAGUGUCUCCCCUCACAUAGGAAUGCUGAGACUUUUGCUAAAAACAGCUUUCUCUUUCCAAACAAAACAAAAAUCACAAAAAACUUGUUUUAGGGGGAAAAAAUCUUGUUUCUUUGCUUCCUUUCUUGAAAAUAAUAAGUUGCCUUAUUGUGGAGUUGGGAACUUGGAGGCAUCCCUGACUUCUUGAGGAAAUUUGGAGAAUGGCAUCUGCUUGGGAUUCAGGCAGGCUGCAAUGAAUCUCUGUUUCCCUCUUCAGUAUGAUUCCUGUCUGCAGUAUCUGGUGAUCUCACAUUUAACCCAGCUGUGCUUGAUAUCAGCUGGCCUGUCAUUGACAUCUGUGCGGAUGUUGGUUCAAACCAUGUGGACAGUGGUAUCUCUGGAGCAGGCAUGCUGGGGCACUUCGGUCUUAAGACUUCUGCUGUUUUGUAGUUGAUGCUGAUAUAUAAAUGUAUUGACUGUAUUAGUGUCCUUCCUGCUACAGCAACUACACGCACUCCGGCCUCACUCAGACUGCCAGGGGCACUGCCAUUUUCCUCCCUCUCCAACCUAGGCAGGUCAAGCACUAGCCUUUUGAUCCCAUUAUUUCUUCCUAUCCCUGGAUAGGCAGGCAGGUGUGCCAGGAAUGGGUUAAUGCACAGAGAGGAUCCACAGUUAUGCACCCUUGUUCUUAACAUAUGUGGUUGAAGAAUGUGUGUACAGUGAAAUCAGCUUUAAAGCAAAAAAAAUAAAAAAUAAAAA